AUGGCGGCCUCCACACGCAGGCCGGCCGGGGCUCUCGGGGCUCUAACGGCGGCGGGAGGGAGUCGACUGGCUCCGGACACCUACCGAGCACGACACCGUGGCUUCCUCCGCGCGGUUAUGGAGCCAUGGCGGGGGAUCUAUAGCUGCAGAGGCUCCGUUCAAACUGUGUUUGUCAGACCUGGCAGCGCCGUUCAAUGCGACCGGAAGAGGACAAGGGUGCUGCUCGUCCCGGUCCGGCCGGUGUCAGCUCAUCCUCAGUGUCUGGACUUUGAGCCACCUUUCAGACCAUCGUGGCACCUGGAGUUCUGCACCCAGUACGAGCAGUUUGGAUGCUGCGACCAGAAAAUGGACAACACCAUCGCAGAGAGAUACUGGGACGUUAUUGACCAGCUGGAAGCGGUGGAGCAUGAGCUCUGUGCAGACAUGUUGAAGGAAAUCAUGUGCCAGGAGUGCUCUCCGUACGCGGCCCACCUCUACGACGCCGAGGACCCCUACACACCUGUCAGAGAGCUACCUGGCCUUUGCUUCUCCUACUGCUCCGACUUUCACGCCAAAUGCCGCCAUGUGGUUAAAUAUCUAACCGAGAACCAGCUGCUGCAGGACACCUCUGAGCGAGACGCGUCCACGUUCUGCAGCCUGGUGGACCUGUCCGACCGGGACUACUGCUACCCCAACGUCCUGAAGAGCCCCGACCUCAACGGCAACCUGGGACAGGUGAAGGAGGACCCCAAAGGGUGUCUCCAGGUGUGCCUCACAGAGGUGGCCAACAACCUCAGGAACCCCGUGUUGAUGCUCCACAGCGGCGACGGCACACAUCGCAUGUUCAUAGCCGAGCAGGUGGGCUUCGUGUGGGUUUACCUGCGUGACGGCAGCCGGCUGGAGCAGCCCUUCCUGGACUUGAGCGGGGAGGUGAUGACGACACCCUGGCUGGGGGACGAGAGGGGCUUCCUGGGAAUGGCCUUCCACCCAAAGUACCGGGACAACGGACGCUUCUUCAUCUACUACUCCAUCCAGGUCAACAGUGAGCUGGAGAAGGUCAGAGUCAGCGAGAUGAAGGUGUCUUCCCACGAUAUGAACAUGGCUGAUGAUUACUCAGAGAGAACCAUUCUAGAGAUCGUGGAGCCGGCAGCGAACCACAACGGAGGCCAGCUGCUGUUUGGUCUGGAUGGAUGUUUGUACAUCUUCACUGGCGACGGUGGAAAAGCUGGAGAUCCUUUUGGGAAGUUUGGCAACGCGCAAAACAAGAGUGCUCUUUUGGGAAAAGUGCUCCGCAUCGAUGUAGAUGGAAGUGAUUCCAGUGGGAAGCAGUACAGGAUCCCCGCUGAUAACCCGUUCCUGGAUGACCCAGAGGCCCGUCCGGAGGUCUACGCAUACGGGGUCAGAAACAUGUGGCGCUGCUCCGUGGACAGAGGAGACCCGGUCAGCCGCUACGGCAGGGGACGGAUCUUCUGUGGGGACGUGGGACAAAACCGCUACGAGGAAAUUGACAUCAUCGUGAAGGGAGGGAACUACGGAUGGAGAGCAAAAGAGGGCUUCGAGUGCUACGAUUUGAAACUGUGCCACAACUCCUCCUUGAAUGACAUCCUCCCCAUAUUUGCAUACAGCCAUCAUGUUGGGAAGUCUGUGACAGGGGGAUAUGUGUACAGAGGAUGUGAGUCACCCAAUCUGAACGGGCUGUACAUUUUUGGAGACUUCAUGAGUGGUCGAAUCAUGGCGUUGGAGGAAGAUAAGUCAACAGGAAACUGGAAGGAGAGGAGUGUGUGUAUGGGAGAAACUAAGACCUGCUCAUUUCCUGGACUCAUCAAUCAUCACCACAAGUUCAUCAUCUCGUUUGCUGAAGAUGAAGCAGGGGAACUGUAUUUUUUGGCCACUGCGUACCCCAGUACCACGUCUCCUUAUGGAACAGUUUUCAAAUUCAUGGACCCCUCCAGGAGAGCUCCUCCAGGAAAAUGUAAGCAGAAGCCACUUCCUGUCAAAGUGAGAGGGAAAAAGGUUCCUUUUGUUCCCCGAGAAUUGACUGUGCUGGACACAAAUGAAAAACCUACCAGACCACCACCAAGAACAUUUAAACUCACCACCAAACCAACGCUGACGAGGAGCCGCGUCACGACUACAACAACCGCCGCCGGCGAGACCACGACCAGCACUGCUGUGAAGCCCAAAUGGAAAUCACUUGAUAAGAAAAUGAGGAAGACAAAUAAGUUGAAACCGUGGAAGAAGAAUAAACUGCUGAAAAAGCAGCCGGCUAAAGCACAAACAAAGAAGAAUACUACACAUGCGUCCACAUAA